UAAGUUACACAUAACAUAAGAUCAUUUUGUUUAGCGUUUUCUUUCUUUCGGUCUCUGUCUUCCUCCCCUCCCUGUUAUCACUCAGGUUACUGACCUCCUGUGCUUGUCUUUCAGAAUUCAGUGCUCUCUUAUAGAGAAGUGUCUUACGAUAAAACCUCGGCAUGUUUUGGGUCUUCAGGACCUUUCUUUGUCUACUUAUUGCUCGCUGUGUCACUCCUGAGGUUUUCCUCCACAACAAGGAUGCCAACCAGGUCCUCACACGCAACAGGCGAGCAAACACGAUAUUUGAGGAAUUAAAAAAGGGUGACAUGGAGCGCGAGUGCAGAGAAGAGCGGUGCAGUUACGAGGAGGCCCGAGAGAUCUUUGAGGAUGACAAAAAGACGAGUGAGUUCUGGAAUGUAUACCAUGAUGGAGACGCGUGCAUAUCUCAGCCUUGUCUGAACAAGGGUGUGUGUAAAGAUGGUAUAGGGCGAUACACUUGUUACUGCCCUGAUGUGUUUCAGGGAUAUAACUGUGAGAUUGCCAUACAACAGCUGUGUGAAGUUAAUAACGGUGGUUGUGAGCACUUCUGCAAACUGGACCAGAAGAAAGGGACGACAGUCUGCUCUUGUGCCAAAGGUUACAACCUGGCAGAAGACAGGAAAGCAUGUACAUCUGACAAGCCCUUCAAAUGUGGCUAUGUGUUUCCUAAGGCAACCCGAAGCCUUAUAGCAUUUGAGCCGAUACAAAAUGUCACUAAUACUGCCAAUGACACACGCCUUACCAAUGUGAAGAAAGGAAAUCUAGUGACCACCUCUGCAAACAUGACCGUCACAAAUUACACUCAGAGCCGAGCAAAAUCCAACAGUCUGUUUGGACUGAUAGAACCCAGUCCCACUGUCAUCGAGCUACCAGAGUCUGAUGGAGAAUUUAGGAUAGUCAACGGCGAAGACUGUCCUCCUGGAGAAUGUCCGUGGCAGGCUCUGCUCGUAAACGAAGACAAGAUUGGCUUCUGUGGAGGGACCAUUCUGAAUGAAUACUUCAUUCUGUCUGCAGCUCACUGCAUGAAGCUGUCUCGCUCCAUCACAGUUAUUCUAGGUGAAACUUACACGAGGUUCUGGGAAGGGCGAGAAGCAGUGCAUGAAGUUGAUCAGGUGCUUGUGCAUACAAACUAUCAGCCCGAUACCUACCACAAUGACAUUGCCCUCAUCAAGCUCGUCAAGCCAAUUCAAUUCUCCAAGUACAUCAUCCCUGCAUGCAUCCCUGAGCGCGACUUCGCAGAGCGUGUGCUCAUGCAACAAAACGAGGGCUUGGUGAGUGGAUUUGGUCGUCUCCAAGAGGGCGGCAUACAGGCCACCACCCUGCAGAGGCUCUCUGUGCCCUACGUAGACCGCUCCAUCUGCAAGGAGUCCACCAAGUUCAACAUCAGCCCACGCAUGUUCUGUGCCGGAUACGGCAGGGAGGAAAAGGAUGCGUGUCAGGGUGACAGCGGUGGCCCGCACGUCACCAGAUACAAAAACACGUGGUUUGUGACAGGUGUGGUUAGCUGGGGUGAGGGAUGUGCUCGCAAAGGCAAGUAUGGCAUAUACACACAGGUGUCCAAGUACCUCAGGUGGAUCGAGAACGUCAUGGAGCAGGUCGCAUCCGAGAGUGUAACCAACAGGUAGAGGAGGUGGGCACCGGGGCACCAGCCUGUGAUUCGGGUGUAAAUGAACAUCAAUUAUGAUAAAUUAUGUAUAAGAUAGAUGCAAAAUGCAACAAAAAUCGACUGGAACUAAACCACAUUUAAAUAAAGGUCACCUCAUCAUGU